AUGACCCGUAAAUAUGAGAAAUACACACGUCAAUUCAAACACAAUGUGCUUCAAGAAUAUCGUCCUGGAAUUUACAGUUAUGGAUUUAAAGCAUUAGCUAAACGUUUUAAGAUUAAAGGUGGUCAUAAACUUAUUAUGAGUUGCUACCGUCGAUGGAAUGGUGGUGUUGAUUCUUUAAAACCAACAUCUAAAGGUUGUCGGUCACAUACAAUGACACGACAACAAGUUAGACAUUACAUUUUAGAAUUUGUUGGAUUAAUGAAUAACAAAUAUGUAGCUGUUGAUUAUAAUGUGAGUCAAGAACAUAUUGAAUCUGUGCUGAAGCGAAAAGUACCGAUACGUACAAUCAGACGAUACGGUAAAGAAUGUGGCAUAAAAUGGAAAAAACCUUCUGAAAUAACCUCACGUGAUGCUGAAAAUAGCUUUUGGAAAAAUAUUGGUCGAUUUAGAAGAUCAUUACAACGAAUAGGCAAUGAUCGAUUGAUCUUUAUUGAUGAAACAGCUAUAUAUUCUAUCAUGAUUCCUUAUAAAACUCUUGUCGCUCCUGAUAAAUAA